AGAUGUUUUGGUACCAGUUGUACGAAUGUAAACUUUGCAUUUCGUGGUGUAUGCAACCGUUGUGGAAGUGCAAGGCCUGCUGGUGCGGGCGGUGGUGGUGCAUGCGGUGGUGGUCGGGGUAGGGGUCGUGGUGGUUCUGAUUCAGGUGGCGGACGAGGUGGAGUUGGUGGUCCUACUGGUCUGUUUGGUCCUAAUAAUUGGUCUUGUCCAAUGUGUGCUAACAUCAACUGGGCAAAGCGAUUAAAAUGCAACAUCUGCAGCACGAAUAAGCCCGGUGUUAGUGAAGGGGGUGUGAGCGUGAGAGGAGGGCGUGCUGGUGGGUACAAAGAACUUGUCGAAGAAGAAUUAGAGGAAACAAAGCGUCGAAGACGGGAAGCUGAAGAAGAGGAUGAUGGUGAGAUGUAUGACGAAUUUAGAAACUUGAAGAAGAAGUUUCGUGUCAAGGCGCAACAAACUGAAGCUGGUCAGGUGCUACCUGGAACUGGGCGGGCAGGCUGGGAGGUUGAGGAGCUACAUACUGUCGUCCGUAUAUACGUUUUUUUAUUUUUCUCAGUUUGCGGGGGGCAUAUUAAACUAAUUAGCAGGAAUGAGUGAUAAAGAUAGAAGAGAAAGAAGCACAGACAGAAGGGAGGAAAGAGAAAGCAGCUAGAACAGAUGUAGAAGCAGAAGUCGUAAGAGGGAUAGGGGUCGGGAAAGAGAGCGUGAUCGGGAUUACGAUUACGAAAGAGACCGAGAAUAUGGCCGGGAGAGGGACCGGGACCGUCACAAGUAUCAUCAUUGAUUGUUAAUCUAUAAAAUUUGUGUUUUUGAAAGGUUUUUCAAAGAUCAGUUUCUUUUGGUUCUGCAUUUGCAAUGUGAAUUACUGGAGUCUUGGUUCUGCACUCACAUUACACUGUGUUACCACCUGCUGGAGUUCUGUGCAAGAGACGGCUCCUUGAUAGAGAGAAAUAUUUGGUGCUGCAGAUGAGGACGCUGAAAAGCUUCGGUUGCAUACAGUUGCAGAAGCCGGUGAUAUGGGUUCACUAGAAAAGAUGGUUGAUGGUUCAGUCUCAGAGGAUUCAGGUGAAGGCUCUGAAUGAGGUUUUGUUCUUCCAUGAUUUUGCAAGACUAUUGAGAAAUAUAGCAGCUCCAAAAAAUUUUUAUUGUAAUAAAUUCAGUAACAAAGUCCAUUGUGUAAAAAUAGGGAUUGAUUUUUCUUAUCUAUUUUUGUGCCACUUAAAAGUAUAAGUAACAAGGUCUCCUUCAUCCAUAACUUUGAAACUGUUUGAUAAUAUUUGAGGUCAGUAAUUCAAUA